AUGGCAGUGUAUGCGAAUGCGUCUCUCGGGGCUCGGCAGGGCUGGGGCCAGUGGGCAGCGCAGAAGCUGCGCCUCCCAUUCGCCCCCCAGCCUGUCAGCCUGGCCGCCUUCCCGCUGUCCCUGGCCCUGACCGGCCAGUCCGUGGCCGCCAGGUCCCCCUGUCUGGGGGCAGGAAUGGAUUCGGGGGCCGUCGACGAGCGCGACGCCGUUAUCCUAUACCUGGCGGCGCAGCGCCGGCUCGGUCCGGCCUCGCAGUUGCAUCCCUGGCUGCGCCUGCUGCCCAAAACCUUCACGACCACGCUCUUCUGGAAGGACGAGGAGGUGGAGUGGCUGGCGGGGACGACGCUGCAUCGGGCCACGCUCCUGCGGCGCAUGCAGCUACGAGAAUCCUGGAAGGCGCUGACCGGGCUGGCCUCGCGGCUCGCGGCGGAGGCCGGCGCACCCUCCCCACCCACCGAAUCAGACUUCCUCUGGGCCCACGCCGUGUUCUGGUCCCGGGCCAUCGCCUUCCCCUGCCCGCCCGAGGCGCUGCCUGGUGGAAGGUCAACAACCGCCGGCCCCAGCCCGCAGGAGGGCGUCGUGCCGGGCCUGGACUUCUGCAACCACGCCAUGCGCCCAGUCGCCCGCUGGACCGUGUACGGCGCGGAGCUCGACGGCGCGGGCGGCGGCCGUCGCCACGUGCACCUGGUCCCCGGCGUCGCGCCGCCCGCUCCGGGGGCCGAGCUUUGCAUCAGCUACGGCGACGACAAGUCCAAUGAGGAGCUCCUCUUCCUCUACGGCUUCGCGCUGCCAGAGGCCAGCGGGCUCGCCCGCCUGAUGCUGCCCCUCCCGCUGCCGGCCGCGGCAGAGGACUGGACGCCGCGCCUGCACGCGCGCGUGGCGCUGCUGGCGGCGCGCGGCCUGCCGCCGCAGGUCUUCCUGCCGCGGGCCGCGCUGGCUGGCGGAGGGCCAGGGCCCCUGGGCGCGGUGCCUGACGCCGCGCUGCGCACGCUGGAGGUGUUUGUCCUGGACGACGCCGAGCUGGCGCGCGGCCUGGAGGCGGCGGAGCGUGGCGAUGGAGCGGCGGGGGCGGAGGGUGCCCCCGGCGCGGAGGGGCCGGAGGCCUGUGCGGCCACGCGCGCGCGCCUCGAGCGAGAUCCUGGGCUGCGACUGGCGCUGACUGGCGCGCUGGUGGGACUCCUGCAGCUCAUGGUGCAGGGACUGGAGACGGGCGAUGGCUGCCAGACGCUGGAAGCGGAUGCUGCGCUGUCCAGCACUCCGACGCUGAUGGCCGGGCUCAGCGCCAACCAGCGGGCCGCGCUGAUGUACCGCAUGGAGCAAAAGUCGCUGGCGAGGGACUGGCUGGCACACGCCAAGAGCCUCCGGGCGAUGGCCAUGGAGGAGCUGCGCGCUCAAGGGGCGGGGUGA